CAUCGAUAUUGUUCUCGUCGGCAUUGUGCAUUGUUAUUGUUAGCUUAAUGAGUUCGGUAAAUCUAUAUAUCAUCAAGCCUUGCACAAAGACAGCGGUCGCACAGGACGCGCAGUACACCAAUCUGUUGCGGUGUAUAUAACCACCCGAGGGUCAGAAAGGUCGGCCUUUUUGUAUCGCUGCGGGGCCGCGACAAAAUGCAAUGAUUGCCCUGGGUAAUGUCUUCCAACAACAAACUCUACGAUCCAGACCAGGCUGCUGUAAACACACGUUGGAUACAGCCUUGGAGUGAGGCUUUCAGGGCGCAACGCGAUGUUGGGCUCCGCAUCCCGAUCGAUUUUCACACUGUGGCAGCAGUCUCCUUGACACAGGCUUGCUUUGUUGACAAUCAGUUUGAACACAAUGCAUUCCUGAAAUGCUUUUCGAACCUUCUGGGAGUUGGCUUCCCGCGGUUCGAAAUUGAUGUCUACUGGGAUGCACUGCGCUCAGUAUGGAGUCUGUGUCCAGUUCAACUUCCACAGGACGGCGUCGAAGUGCAGAACAAUGCAUCCAUAGUCUCUAGUCCGACAAUUUCAGUGUCUACGGGGACCGCGACUGCUAGGUUGCUGGAGACUACUGCAACGAUGCCACAGCCGUUGAAGAUCCGUCAGGAUAGUUCAGUGUCCACUCAAAUUGCAUCAGCAUCCUCUGCAGCAGUGGAUCAGGCCUCUUCGAGUUCUCCGGAUACAAUAAGCGCUUCUGCACAGCCGACCGUCAUCAGCUAUCCGACAGUGAAAGGCCUACCACUUUUACAGAUUGGACGGUACAACUGUACGUCACAGAUGACUCUCGGCCUGUUGACUGGCUUGUUAGAAGACUUUCUCCAAGAAACAGCUACUACCACUGGUGCGACCAUCACGUUUCUCAACCUCAACAUCCAUGCUGCAGCAUCCUUGUCAGAUCCGGACGGGCCGGCGCCGCAGCUUACGCAGGAUCAGAUACCACAAUCAAGCGAUAGACUGAGUGAAAUUGUAAACGGGAAUCUCUCGAGCGUCCUGUACCCUUCGGAAACCUUGGGAGAGCAGCGUGCGAAUCUCAACAGCAGCUGGUAUAAUGUCGAAUGGGAAAAUCUCCCUGCGCAAGGAUACUACCAGACUUCAAAGAAUUCUGCGGGUAAUGUUUUCACAGAAAGUGGUUGGCCGACUGAGGCAUUGAUGGAGUUUCAGGAGUUCAAGAGAGUCAUCGCUAGUUUUGGCACAGUCGACCAACAGAUGGCGGCCUACGACAUCAGCGGCGAUUUCAAUGAUAUCUUCCCUCCGGGAACUAUCACUGAGCAGCGACAGACCUCUUUCGCUACUACUGGACAACUCAAUUCUGGAUGCUACUUUCCUUCCUCCGACAAUAUGGUGACAACACGGACAAACUCAUCGUUUGCUCGUGCCUCACCACCGUUGAUCAGCAUUGAUGCGAACCCCGACCUCAUGAGUUCAAUACCAUCGGUAUCUAACCUGACUCGAUGCGACAUUAUUCCCUUCCUCAACCAGAGCCUUGCAGGAACAACAGCGGACAAGAACCCCUUGCCCUAUGCUGCGUACGUGCAUUCGACAUUAUGGUCCUGGGCACCAGGGCAACCUCUAAACGUCACGCGAGGUAGUUCCACCGCCAAUCGCUGUGCGGUCAUGACAAAUUCAGCUUACCCUGGCCGAUGGGAAGUCACCGACUGCGGCAACCGUUAUCGCGCAGCCUGUCAGAACCCGCAGCAGCCAUACUAUUGGGAAGUCUCCUCGAAUACAUCCGACUUCAACACCGCCAAGGGUCUAUGUCGCUCGCCGUUGCAUUUUGCUGUUCCGCACACGGCGCUUGAGAACGCACAUCUCCAUGCUGCUUUGCAAAGAACUCGUGAGCCCAACGAGCCUGUCUACAUUGAUCUUAAUCAGCUUGGCACUGCAGACUGCUGGGUCAUUGGUAUCAACAGCACAUGUCCAUAUUUGCAAUCUACUGACAAAAAUCGGACUCGCAUCGUUAUCAUUCCUACAGUUGCGGCUGUCAUCAUUUUCGUUCUUGCGGCAUUCACUUUCUUUGUUAAGUGUGCAUCGAAUAGAAGGGAAGAUAAAAGGGGAAGAGGAAGGAAGACGGUAGGUGGGUGGGAAUAUGAGGGUGUACCUAGUUAGUUGGAUUCAG